UUUUUCUUCUGUUCUCGAUAUUCGAAUCUCGUUUUAGGGUUUCUUUCCCUCUCUCCCUCUCUCUCCCUCUCUCUGUGAGAAGCAGCUCUGGGAUGGGAAGGUAUAGAAGCCGGAGCAGAAGCUACAGCCCUCGGCGUAGCAGUAGAAGCCCUCCUCGUAGGAAGCGGUAUGAUGACCCACGGGACAGAUAUCGCGGUGGACCAAGGCGCUACUCUGCUCCUUCCGGCCUCCUCGUCCGCAACAUCUCCCUCGACGCUAGGCCGGAGGAUCUUAGGAUCCCAUUUGAGCGUUUUGGUCCAGUGAAAGACGUGUACCUUCCAAAGAAUUACUACACUGGUGAGCCACGAGGCUUUGGAUUUGUUAAGUUCCGCAAUGCCGAAGAUGCAGCAGAAGCCAAACAACAGAUGAACCAUCAAGUUAUUGGCGGACGUGAGAUUACAAUUGUUUUUGCGGAAGAGAACAGAAAAACUCCGCAGGAAAUGCGUACGACUGCCCGCGUUAGUAGUAGAUACGGUGGUGGAAGCUAUAGAAGGCGAAGUCCACCAAGAUCCCCAAGGCGUCGAUAUCGCUCCUACUCACGUUCACCGUCUCCAAGGCGUGACUCAAGAGAGAGGGGUAGAGGUUCACGGGAUGAUUAUUCGCCGCCAAGGUCUGUCUCGCCAUCUCCUCGCAAUGAAAGGGAUUACAAGGCUCAGCAUAAGUCUUCGAGUCCAAGGAAGAGCAGUCGGAGUCCUUCUCGUUCCCAUUCCCCAUCCCGUUCCCGUUCCCGUUCCCCUUCUCCUUCCCGAUCCCGAUCCCGGUCCCCUUCCCCCUCCCGUUCCCGAUCCCGAUCCCGCUCCUACAGUCCUCGCUGACAGGGAAAUGUUGUUUUAGACCACAUAUGGGCAGCAGCGGCCAGAGGAAUCAUGUGAGUAGGGACAAGAUUAGUAUUAGGUUUUUUUUUUUUUAAACCAGCAUUUUCUGGUGCAUGUCUGUGAUGGAACUGAAUCCUGUGUUUUCGUGAUUUUUUUUUUUUGGUGGCAUGCUCUGCUUUCUGCCGUACUUUGAAACUGUAUGGGGAUUUGAAUCUGAUCAUGGAGUGCUUGUUCGCACUCCAAAACCAUUUAUGGGCAUUGUAUCUCACUCGUUUGUUUGGACAUGCUUAAUUGGUUGCUCAGUUUGUCAUUGUCUA